AUGUCCAUUCGAGGACUAUCCCUAACUUUUUCUCUGUUGUUUAUCUGUUUCCUUAGGGAGAGCUGCUGCAUUUGUGAUGGAACUAUCUGGACAAAGGUUGGAUGGGAGAUUUUUCCAGAAGAAAUGCAUUAUCUGAAAGUUAAGCCUUCACCGUCUUACUGUCUACCUUACCCUCUGGACAAACUAUGCUGCAAUUUUGCUAAUAUGGAUCUAUUUCAGGGUUCUUUACAUCUCAUUUAUAUUUUAGUACAAGCUCUCUUUUUAAUACUGUCUGUUUUAUCUGUACAUUACCUGUGGAUGAAAUGGAAAAAACACCAAAAAAAGCUGAAAAAACGAGCCUCCUCAGAUACAUUUGUUAAGGACCUGGAAAAUCCGUCUAUCUAUGACAUUGAUCAAAUACUCUGCCGGCUGGUGGCCACAACAUCAAUGAUGACCAAGUACCUGAAUCAGAUGUCCCAGCAUACUCCAGCUAAGAAAGUCAAGUACCGAAAACUGAAAAAGAGGAGUGAAGAAGGAGCCCGAGGAUACUAG